GGACCUGGCAUCACGCUGUGCCCUUGGGCGGGUGCGCAUUCCGUUCCUCCUGCUUCAGGUAGCAGGUGGGUGCCUGCUGUGUGUGAGGUGGCGAGUGUCCACCCAGCCCGAGGCACAGUAGCCGCUUCGGGGGCCUUCAUGCUUCACCCUGUGCCCUGGGCUCUGCCCUCCAGCGAGGUCCGGGGCCGUGCUCAUGGCCUCAGGUCAGCGAGGGACUGCUGUGCUAUUUAGCAGAGCACCUGAGAGCCUGCGGGCUUCCUGCCUCAGGGUCAGCUUUGCCUAGUGUGUCGGGGAAGCUGGUCACCCUGGUGGCUGGUGGCAGGCAGGAGCUGCUGCAUGUUGGACAUGAGUGGAGCGGAGUCCUGCUCUCUGGCCCAGGUGGCCCGAGGCAGCCGGGAUGACAGCUCUCCCCAGGAACCCUGCUACCCGCUGAGAAACAUGAUCAGCAAGUCCCGCUGGAAGCUCCUGGCCAUGCUGGCUCUGGUCCUGGUCGUCAUGGUGUGGUAUUCUAUCUCCCGGGAAGACAGUUUUUAUUUUCCCAUCCCAGAGAAGAAGGAGCCAUGCUUCCAGGGGGAAGUGGAGAGGAAGGCCUCUAAGCUGUUUGGCAACUACUCCCGAGAUCAGCCCAUCUUCCUGCAGCUGAAGGAUUAUUUCUGGGUCAAGACACCGUCUGCCUAUGAGCUGCCCUACGGGACCAAAGGGAGUGAAGACCUGCUCCUCCGGGUUCUAGCCAUUACCAGCUACUCCAUCCCAGAGAGCAUCCAGAGCCUGCCUGUCUCCAGGGGAGGCAGGGACGCCAGUAUCCACGGCAACUGGGCCUGGGCAUCUGGGCACCGGAGCAGGCAGGGUAUUGCCCUGACGACAUGCGGAGCUGGUCUCAAGUGUCGCCGCUGCGUGGUGGUGGGGAACGGGCACCGGCUUCGCAACAGCUCACUGGGGGACGCCAUCAACAAGUACGACGUGGUCAUCAGAUUGAACAAUGCCCCUGUGGCUGGCUACGAGGGCGACGUGGGCUCUAAGACCACCAUGCGUCUCUUCUACCCUGAGUCCGCCCACUUCAACCCCAAGGUGGAGAAUAACCCAGACACACUCCUCGUCCUGGUAGCUUUCAAGGCGAUGGACUUCCACUGGAUUGAGACCAUCCUGAGUGACAAGAAGAGGGUGCGAAAGGGCUUCUGGAAGCAGCCUCCCCUCAUCUGGGACGUCAACCCCAGGCAGGUUCGGAUUCUCAACCCUUUCUUCAUGGAGAUUGCAGCGGACAAGCUACUAAGCCUGCCCAUGCAGCAGCCGCGCAAGAUUAAACAGAAGCCCACCACCGGCUUGCUGGCCAUCACUCUGGCCCUCCACCUCUGCGACCUGGUGCAUAUUGCCGGCUUUGGCUACCCAGAUGCCCACAACAGGAAGCAGACCAUUCACUACUAUGAACAGAUCACACUCAAGUCCAUGGCGGGAUCAGGCCACAAUGUCUCCCAGGAGGCCUUGGCCAUCAAGCGGAUGCUGGAGAUCGGAGUAGUCAAGAACCUCACAUUCUUCUGACUGGGGCAGAAGCUGUAUCCACCCGUCUGCCCACUCUGCCGCCUGAACGACCCCAUCUGUGGCUGUGGGGUGCCUGGUGACCCACUUGGACUCCCCCUCCCCUGUGUGGAGAGGGGUCCUGGUACUGGCCGGGCCUGAGUCAGGGCCGUGCCCCUGGCUGUUCUCAAGGCGGCUGGAUCUGGUCAGGGUGGAGGCCCCGGGGUGGCUGGAGGCCAUCGGAGGCACGGGCUUUGUGCCGUGGUGCCCCCUCUCCACCAGUGCCGGGGGCUUAUUUAAUGGGCUAUUUAAUUAAAGGGUAGGAACGUGCCACGGGCUGGUCCCAUGGCGUCAAAAAAGGGGCAAAAUACAGUGUUCUGCCCACUUUUGAUAAAAACACAAAAGUGCAGGGCCUGCUAAAGCCUAGCCCCAGAGCAGGCCUCCCAGGAGGGCAGGGGCGUCUGGAGCGGGUGGGUGCCCUUCGAAGAGGGGCUGCUACCUCCCAGCAGGCAUGGGAAGAGCACUGGGAUGGGGGUCCCACAGAGAAUGGGGCCUCAUCUAGAAAAGAGGUUUGAAACCUAACAUUAAACUAUUUUUCCUAAAAUGGGA